AUGAGCUAUUCCACCAAGCUCACCGAGAACCUUAACCGACAAGACCCUAACUCUCGGCCUCCUCCCCUAGUUCUCCUCCGAUGGCUCGCUUCCUUCGCCCUCAAGCGCGGUUCUCCCCUCCACUGGCGCCAAAGGCUCGCCCUCGCCUUCAUCCGCGCCCAGCGCGCCAUCGUCCCCGCCGGCGUUCGCCGCCGUAACCUCCGCCGCGAGCUCACAGGCCAGGGCAUCAUCGCCUACUGCGCCAAGAAAGGCCUCGUCGUCAAAACCGUCCAACUCGAGGCCUCCAGCACCACGUACAAGGCGGGGCUCGACGUCCCGGCCCCGACGCUGCACUUCAUCGCGGCCCCCGGCGCGAGCGACCAAUCGGGCGCGACGACACUCCUCUACUUCCACGGCGGCGGCUACGUGAACCCGAUGCGCGCGGGCGGCCACGUGCCGUUUGCCCUGCAGUGCGCCGAGGCGUGCGGCGCGCGCGAGGUCGUCUUUCUCGAGUAUGCUCUCGCGCCGGAGUAUCCGUACCCCGCACAGCUGGUGCAGGCUGUCGCCGCUUUCCGGUACCUUCUCGAAGGCGACUCGCAUCUGAGCGUCGACGACAUCGUCCUCGCGGGUGAUAGCGCCGGCGGUAACCUCGUCGGCUCUCUCCUCGCCCAUUUGGCAUCGCCCUCGCCCUACGCCGCGCCCGUCGACCUGGCGGGCCACACCCUCAAAGCCGCCGUUUUCGUGUGCCCGUGGACCAUGAUGCAUGUGAAUCAGGCCAGCUUCGCGACCAACGAUGCCUACGACUACCUCAAUCGGCCGCAGGCCCUUCAGUUCAAAGCGGAGUGGAAUCCCGCUGAAGGUGAGGUCUGGGCCAAUUUGUGUGAUGCGCCCGCCGCCUCUGCGGUGUGGGAUGCUGCGUUUGGGCGCGCCGGCAAGCCUGGAGUGGUAUCCAAGGCCUUGGUGACCUCAGGGUCGGCCGAGGUGCUGGUGGACAGCUGCAACCUCUUCGCGAAGAACCAUCUUCGGGGCGAGCUGGUGGUGGCGGAUAGCGGUACCGACUUGAGCGUGUUAGAUGGCAAGGAUUUCGUGUCGGUGGAGUGCAACGGGGAGGUGCAUGUGCAGCCGGCGCUCGACGCUUUCAUGGGGUAUAAGGACGGGGUGAUGAUGAGGGCUAUCGCCAGGUUUCUGAAGACUGUGUAG